AUGGAUAGUCGAGGUAUCUAUAUCAACAUAGGAAUUAAUCAAGAAUAUUAUUCAAGAGCCUUUGUUGACUCCGGAUGCCUUUGCUAUGGAACUAUUAGCUCUCGAUUAGCCCAGAAGCUUUGCUUACCGCGUAUUCCUAUCACCCCUAGAUCGCUCGAACAGAUCAGCACCACGGUACAUGGGGCUAUACAAACCGUAACAUACGUCGAUCUAGAUAUCGACGGGUACACGAAGAAACGGUCUUUCUUUUAUAUUAUCCCAAACCAGCAGGAUGAUGUUAUACUAGGGAAAACCUGGAUGGAUCUAGAGAACGUCACAAUACAGCCUGCUAGAGGCUUGCUACACAUUGGUUCAUCUAAUCACUGGGUUAAAGAGCGAAAGUACGAAGAAAAACAAGAAUAUGAUAUCACAGGGCAGAGUGCUGCAGUAUUUAUGGGCUUGGUGAGACGAAUACGGAAGAAAACUAUUAACCAAGAGCUAUGGGAAGAGAACAACCCGGUUCAAUCGCGUAUCUUUGCUAUUAGUAUCGCUGAUAUUAACAAAGCGCUAGCACCAAAAGCUCUAACAGACCCGAAACAGAAACUACCAAGCCCUUAUCACCAGUAUCUAUCCGUAUUCAGCAAAGAGAAGGCUGAUAUACUCCCGAAUUAUCGGCCUGGAAUCGACCAUAGUAUACCACUGGAAACUGAUGCUAAUGGAAAAGAAAAGUCGCCCCUAUGGGGACCAUUAUACGGGAUGUCCCGUGAAGAAUUGAUUGUUCUAAGAAAGAUAUUAACAGAACUACUAGAUAAAGGCUUUAUUCGAGCCAGUAGUUCGCCGGCAUCUGCACCUGUCUUAUUUGUCAAGAAGCCCGGUGGUGGUCUACGCUUCUGUGUAGACUAUAGAGGUAUUAAUCAAAUUACGAGAAAGGAUCGAUACCCGCUACCCCUGAUUAACGAAACCCUACGAUCACUAUCGAAAGCAAAGUGGCUUACAAAACUCGAUAUCAUCGCUGCAUUCCAUAAAAUCCGAAUAAAAGAAGGCGAAGAAUGGAAGACAGGCUUCCGUACUCGGUACGGCUUAUACGAAUGGCUCGUGACACCAUUUGGACUCACAGGUGCACCAGCAACCUUUCAACGGUUUAUAAACGAUAUAUUACAAGACUUCCUAGACGAGUUUUGCUCGGCCUACAUCGAUGAUAUCCUCAUCUAUUCUGACGGAACACUAGACGAUCACCGCGAGAAGGUUAAGAAGGUGUUGAAGCGCCUGCAGGAAGCUGGCCUACAAGUCGAUAUCGACAAAUGUGAAUUCGAAGCGACAAGCGUGAAAUAUCUUGGGUUUAUUAUUGACGCAGGGAAAGGCAUCCGUGUAGAUCCCGAUAAGGUUCGAGCUAUUCAACAGUGGGAGUCGCCCCGAACAGUUACAGAAAUCCGGCGAUUUAUCGGGUUCGCGAACUACUAUCGCCAGUUUAUACCAGAAUUCUCGCUCUUAGCACUACCACUUAUUAGGUUAACUAAGAAGGAUACGACAUUUACAUGGUCGGGCGAAUGUCAGAGUGCGUUCGAGAAGCUCAAAGAACGGCUUAUUGGAGCGCCUGUCCUUGCGCACUGGGACGCUGAUAGAGAAACUAUACUGGAAACCGACUCGUCUGGAUAUGUGACGGGCGGCGCUCUCUCGCAGAAGGGAGAUGAUGGUCUAUGGAGACCAGUAGCAUUCUUCUCGAAGAAGAACAUACCGGCAGAAUGCAACUAUCCAAUACACGACAAGGAACUACUGGCAAUUAUUCGUUGCGUACAACAUUGGGACGCCGAAUUACGAAGUGUUGCCUCAUUCACGAUUCAAACAGACCAUUUGAAUCUACGUUACUUUAUGAAGAAACAACUUCUUAGCGAGAGACAAGCUCGAUGGGCCGAAAUCCUAUCACGAUACAACUUUACUAUACAGUUCCGACCUGGCAAAGAAGCUAUAGUGCCAGAUGCGUUAUCUCGGCGCGAGCAAGAUAUGCCAAAUGGCUCGGAAGACGACCGCAUUGAAGGAAGGCGCUUCCAGCUACUUCAGCUACCUAAAGAAGAGCGCAUAAAGCCAGUUAAGAUUAGGAGUGGCUAUGUAACGAAAGCAGACGCCGACCAGCCUAACGAUGAGGUUGGAAACCAGGAUACUAUGGUAAAGACUCCCUUUACACAGCAGGAACUAGCCAAAUUGUGGGAAGAAGGCUUGAAGAGCCAUAAUAGAUACUGGCUUAUUCGCCAAGCAGUACAGAACGGGGAACGAAAACUUCCUCAGCAGUGGGGACUACCAAUUAUGCUAUCUGAGUGUUCAAUUGACACUGACGGAAGGCUAUGCUGGCGGGACCGGAUCUGGGUACCGUAUUAUGAGCCUCUUCGCACUCGUAUCAUUCAAGAUACACACGAUUCAACUCUCUCCGGACAUCCAGGGCGCGAUAUGCUGAAGUCACUACUUAGUCGACGGUUCUAUUGGCCUGGAAUGGACCCUGACAUACGCCAAUUCAUGCGGAACUGCAAUAUCUGCGGAAGGAUAAACGUUUGGCGAGAGAAGAAGCGUGGAUUACUGAAGCCGCUACCAAUACCAAAUCGGAUCUGGUCAGAGAUAUCGAUCGACUUCGUCACAGGGCUCCCGCCUACAAAGUCAAAUGGUAGUUCAACGCUCAUGGUAGUCACGGAUCGAUUAUCGAAGAGUAUUGUAUUAGAACCAUUAAAAGAAGCAACCGCGGAGGCAGUUUCAAAGGCGCUACUGCAGAGCGUCAUACGGCAUCACGGUUUGCCAAAAGCUAUCGUCUCCGACCGAGGAACACAGUUUACAGGACAAUUAUGGCGCCGUUUAUGUGGAAUCCUCAGAAUACAGCAGCGGCUCUCUACAGCCUGGCACCCAGAGACAGACGGAUCUACAGAGCGUGCGAAUCAGGAAAUAGAACGAUAUCUACGCAUAUUUACAACAUACAGCCAAGAUAACUGGGAUGAACUAUUACCAGCAGCAGCUAUAGCACUAAACAAUCGGACAGCUACCGCCACAGGAAUAAGCCCUUUCUUUCUUACCCACGGAUACCACCUCGACCCGCUAGAGAUUAACGAGUCAUUACGUCAAGACGGGUCGACGCCAAUUGAGAAGGCCGAAGCCAUUGUAUCAAAGUUUCGUGAAGCGUCAGAGUGGGCACAAGCCGCCAUGGCAUCGGCGCAAGAGACGCAAGAAAAGAACGCCAAUAUACACCGGCAGCCAUCCGAUCAGUUCCAAAAAGGGGAUAGAGUUUGGCUGAGGCUUAAAAACAUUCACUCUACAAGACCAUCGAAGAAACUAGACUGGCUUGCCGCGAAAUACACAGUAAUCGAGACAAUUGGAUCGCAUGCUUGCCGUCUCGAUACACCACCGGGAAUCCACAACGUAUUCCACGUCUCUCUUCUACGUUUAGCAGCAGAUGAUACACUGCCAUCACAGAAGACUGAUGAUCAACAGCCUGGACCUAUCCUGGUAGACAAUGAAGAGCAAUGGGAGGUGGAGGAGAUACUCGGAGCGAAGCGCCGUGGGAGAGGAUGGCAUGUCUUAGUGAAAUGGACCGGUUGGGCGCAGCCAACGUGGGAACCACUGCAAUACUUGGAAGAUACGGCUGCUUUUUCGCGGUAUGAAGCUUCCCAUGGUAAAAUCAAGAAGAAGAAGACCCCAAAACGGAGGAGGGGGGUAUUGUAA